AUGGUAGCCAUGGGCCACUCUGUGGACGCUGCGUGUUCGGAGCUCCGCGGCCUCGCGCUCGAGAGGCAGCAGGACUGGCGGCGAGCUUGCUCUGCCAAUAUGCUGUCCAAUGGCAUCGGCAAGCCGACGGAGCUCCAAGAGCUGGCAAUUCGGGAAGAGUGGCGCGCCUGGCGUGAGAACCUCCUGCUGGCGGAUCUCUCGAAGCUGCCCGACGGGCACCGCGUGUUGCUGCAGGCCUUGUUGUGUGACACCCUGGCCGGAUACGAGGAGCUGCAACCGCGUUUCUCGGCUCUUACUCCGCCCCCCCGCGAGAGUGACAGCCUUUCCGCCCGUCUGGUGCGACUAGCAGCCACUGCCCAGGCCGAGACAGGACGCCUGUUGAAGACCCCUCCUCCAAAAAACAACUUUGGGCAGGAGGCAUAUCUGAACAUGCUCCUGUACCAGAAGUUGAGCAUGGCUCGACAGGAGCCACGAAACUCUCAGGCUCCCCAAUCGAUGCUUCACGCAUGGGACAGGUGGUAUGCAGCCGCGGAGAAGAACUUUCCAGGUGAGGCGCGACUGAAGCUGCAGCUGCUCAAGCUGCGACAAAGGCGUGCCGCAAGGGUGAUCUGCCGAGCCAUGUCCGGUGCUCUCGAGAGGAGGAAGCUGUGCCAGGAAGCUUUGCGCGUCAAGGCCGCUAACAAGCUGCAGCGCACAUUUCGGAACGUUAUCUUGCCACGCUUGCGCCAGCUACACCAAACGGUGGACAAGAUCCGGGUGAAGUGCCUCCUCCAGCGAUUGCAGCGGCGUAUUCGACGCUUUUUGCGCGCGACACGUCUGUGGCACGGAUCGGCAGCUUAUCGAAGAGGGGACCAGGAUUCCCUGCCAUCAUUUAAAGCAUCGGCGCUUCGGAUCCAAGCCUUCUGCCGAGGUCGUUGGAGUCGGAAGGGCUGGAGCUAUUGUUGGGAUCCCCCUUUCACGCGGGCGUCCACACUUGCGGCCCGCCAGUUGCAAACGGCAUCUGACCUGCCGGUGCUGACUGCCGCAGCGAAGCGACAGUUCGCGGAGCUGCGCCGUCGACGGAGGCACAGCCUCAACUACGAGCGAGUUCGGCGUACUUGGUUACCUGGACUCCAAGCAGAGCUCUCCAUGCUGACCUCGUGGUUUUUCGAGGCCGAGGAGACCGAACGCCGCGCCGACUUCGAAGCGCGCAAUGAGCGGCGCUUCGAGGCGCAGUGGCAGGGCUACGCGAAAGGCUUGGAGGCCUUCGCCCGUUCACACGCCUUGGAUCGCUCGAAGAACCGUGACCAGUGGGUGGCGACGGUGAGCGAUGGAAAGCCUGUCUGGCUCAACGAGAGAACAGGGCAGACACGCCCCAGUGACCCCCUCGAAGCCCGUGUGCGCGGCACCUUGGCCCGGGAGCGCAAGAAGGCAGUCGACCGCUUCGAGGACCGCGCGCGGCAAUGGCGGGCAGCCUGGGAGGAGGAAGACCAAGCUUGUGCGGAGCUCUAUGCGGCAGGUUCGGUGGAACUUCAGGACAUCACGAGGAGUUCCUUCGCCGCGGCGUUCGAUGGCAAAAGAGCACCGCUUGUUUGCCAGAUCCUGAUCAGUUAG